UGACGCAGCAACACCAUCGAAAAAAUAUCCAAUUCGUCUCUUCAUCCUCCCCCCUGAAUGAUCGUCCACCGUGGUUUUCAUGCCCCUUAAUCUGUUGAAUAAUAUCCAUCUAUAAUUUUAUAUACAGAUAUAAACACCAUCCUACGCCGCUGCCCCCCGUCAUCCCCGCACCAUGUCCUCCGAAGCUCAAGACGAGUUCAAUCGUCUCAUCAAUAAGAAUAAAGUCUACUUUUCCAGCCAUCCCGAGGAUCGCGAUAAUAAAUCCGAUCUGGACUCCGACUCUGACGGCGACCAAGACGGUUAUGCUCAUUCCAACUCCGAAGACUACGACGACGAUACUACCAAAAACAUGGUCUCCCGCGGCGGCGCAAAUACAGGCAGCUACCGCAUUCCCGACACAGUCUUCGAUGCAAAUACAGGUCCCAAGGGUGUAAUCGCCGAUGCGCAGGCGUUCGAACGCGCGCGGAAGAGUUCCUUCCGCAGGACAUUCGGCAUGGAUUUCGCCUUCUCCUCAUCCAAGAAGAAUAGCAAUAAUAACACACUGGAGAAGAAGGGCAGGGCAUCUUCUUCUCGUGGCAAUGGCUUCAUCGGUGAAAGGAGUCCCCAUUCCACUGAAGAUAAGAGUGAUGGCGAUGAUGAAGAGCGGUUCAUGCUUGAAUGGCGCGAGGCCCGGAUGAGGGAGCUGCAGAGUCGGAAUCAAGCCAAACGGCCCGGUCCUAGAGGCAAGGCGUAUGGAUUCGUUGAAACGGUGGAUGCAGAGGCGUAUCUUGAUGCCAUUGAGAAGGCGCCUCCGGAUACUACAGUUGUUGUUUGUAUUUAUGAUCCUGAUUCCAGCGCCAGUGCUAUUGUCGAGGACUCCCUCUUCACCAUUUCCCGCAGACAGCCCGCGACACGCUUCAUCAAGCUACACCAUGAGAUCGCCGAAAUGGACCACGUCGAAGCUCCCGCCCUGCUGGCUUAUAGGAGCGGCGACGUCUUCGCUACCAUCGUUGAUAUCUUCCGACAGCUCCCAAGAGGUCGCGACUGCAGCGCGGAUAGUUUGGAGGAUCUGCUGAAGUUAAACCGAGUAUUAUAAAAAGUCAUCUAGACCCAAAACAUUAGACUGCGAAGCUUAAGGCAUCGAAAGCAGGGUACGGUCCUUGAGUUCUUCUUUUUCUUCCGUCCUUUCUUUCUUUCCCCC